UAUUUUCCUAUCGUUUCUCGCUUUAAUUGAGUGUGUAAUAAACAGCGGAAAAAAUACAGAAGCGACGCUCCGUUCGAAGCAAAUUGUGGAUAGUGUAUUUUUUUUUUACUUCGUGAGACUGCCAUUACUACUGUGUGUCAAAUUAAGGCGGACAACUAAAAUGAGGAAGGAAAAUCUCAAACGUAAAGGCAUCGAUGAUGUGGAGAACUCAGCCGGUGAAAGUGGCGAAAACGACGAAGCCGCGUCCUCCCCGGUCGAAAAAGAUGAAAAGGAUGACCAGGAGAACGAUGCUAACGAUAAUGCGGCAGAAAAUGGUGCCGCUAAGGGAACCGAAGACGAAGAGUUCGAAGACGCCGAAAGUGGUGAGAAAGUGGACGAAAAUGACGCCGACGAUGCUCGGGAAAAUGGCGAUGAGGCCGACGAUAAUAGCGGCAAAACGUCGGAAUCAACGCCACCGAAAAAGUUCGGUCGUGCAAAAGGUAAGCCGGUAAAGAAGACCGCCCAGGAAGCAAAUGGCGCCGAUAAAGAGAAAGAAAAUGGUGACGAUAAUGCAGAGCAUGAGAACGACGAGGAGAAUGCGGAUGACGAGGAUGAUGAUGCGGGGGAGGACAAAAAAGAUGCCGAUUCCGAUUUCGAAUCGAACCCGAAGAAGGCCAAGAAGGGAGGCGGUGCGGGAGCCAAGCGGGGUGCAAAGAAGAAGUCACCCAAAAAGCCGGUCAAGGCUAAGGCAAAGGGUAAAAAGGAGAAGGAUGUAGAAGAUGAGGAAGAAGAGGAGGAAUACGAGGUGGAGGACAUUGUUGACCACCGGAAGGAACGCGGUGGCAAGAUGGUUUAUCGUAUCCGUUGGAAGAACUAUGGCGAGGCUGACGAUACCUGGGAGCCGGAGGCAACCUUAUCGUGCCCGGAUAUCAUCAAGAAGUACAAGGCCAAGCUGGAGAAGGAAGAUUCGGCUCCAGCUGCGAAGAGAGGAAGACCAUCUUCCAAAUCGGCCCCGGCCGCUAAGAAGGGAGCUGGCCGAGGACGUAAACCUGGCAAGAAAGUGGCACCGAAGGAGGAAUCGGACGAGGAAGAUGAGGAGGAUGAUGGUAAGGAAUAUGAGGUCGAAAGAAUAAUCGAUGUCCACAUCAAGCGGGGAGGAGUGCGGGAAUACUUGGUCAGAUGGAAAGGUUUCACCGCUAAGGAUGAUACUUGGGAACCCGCCGAUAAUCUGAGCUGUGCCGAUCUGAUCGAAAAGUUCAAUGAGAAGCUGGACAAGUCCAAAAGCGCCACUGUUAAGGAACUGCGAGUCAACCGAAAACACACCGAGCGCCUAAGUCUUACCGAAAGGGGUCGCAAAACUUCACGGCGCAAUGCGAGCAAGAUACGUGUUAAUUAUUUUGAUGGCGAGUAAUUAUAACGAUGAUCCACCCAUUUGAUGAACAAAAUGAACUCUAUGAUUCAAUAGCGGAGACAGGAGCAUGAGAAGAGAAACGUAAAAAAGCACAUUUGAUUGCAUUUAGAUUGUGUCACAAGUGUCAAUAUCUGAUAAUUGAUGUUUUAAGACUACGGACUAUGUGCUAAGUGCAUCCGUUAGGUUUAUUUGAAAAGUCAAAAUUUUAGGUUUUUCGCCGUUGGCGAAUUUGUCGUAUCCUACAGGUAGAUGAAGCUAUUACAAACAAAUGUAUCGGAAUGAAAAACAAAACUCUUGUAAUAAUAAUGAUAAUAAACCACAACUUAGUAACUA